AUGUUUGAUGGCUGGACGAAUGGCAAGAUGGGGGAUCUCGGCGCGUACACUCAAAGAGCCAUGGCAAUGUGGGACGGAACGUUCAAAAGAAAGCACGCCUUUUCAAUUGAGCAGAUAGACCGGCUACUAGUUCAGCUCGCGGCCAAGUAUCGAUUCUCAGAUGAAGCUAUUCGACAGCAGCGCGAAAGGCAUGUAAAGACCGACACCGGAUUAAAGGACAUUCUCAUACGCCUUGAAUCAUGGGAGGCGAAAUGGCUUGUCCGGCUAAUUCUGUGUGACCACUGUACCAUCGAACUGGAUGAGCGUUAUGUGUUUGGACAGUACCACUUCCUCUUACCGGAUCUACUCAUGUUCCAAAACGACUUCGAAGCUGUCUUCGAGAUGUUACGAGGCGAGCUAAGCGCCUACCCAGCCAUUCCACCGCCGUCACAGGAGAAACACAUGCGUAUCGAAGCCGCUCAGAAGCUCCGUGCAGUUGUCGGUGUCAAAGUGGGACGCCCGACGUUCCACAAAGCAUGGUCAUUCAAGCACUGCUUCCAGCUGGUCGGGCAGCGUGCAUGGGCUGCCGAGGUCAAGUACGAUGGCGAAUACUGCGAGAUCCACGUUGACCUUACGAAUUCACCCAAGGACAUUAAAAUAUUCUCGAAGAAUGGCAAGGAUGCGACCGCAGAUCGAGAACCGUUGCACUCCACUAUCCGCAGCGCCUUGCGCAUCGGUCGCCCUGAUUGUCUAAUCAAGUCCCGGUGCAUCGUCAUCGGCGAAAUGGUCCUUUACAGCGACAAGGAAAAGAAGAUCCUGCCCUUUUCCAAGAUCCGCAAGCACGUUUCGCGCUCAGGAUCCUUCAUCGGCACUUGGCAGGAUUCGCUACCGCAUGAAUGGGAGCACCUCAUGAUCGUCUUCUUCGAUGUGCUCGUUUUAGAUGAUCAGCCCAUUCUACGUCAUGGACUCCAAGAUCGACGCAGGGUGUUGCGAGACCUUGUGAAAGCAAUACCGGGGCGGUCAAUGCGCUCGGAGUGGACCCUGGUAGACUUCAAGACAGGGGACGGCGUAAUGGACCUCAAGCAGGCCUUCGCCCGGAACAUCGCAACUCGCCAGGAAGGAUUGGUCUUGAAACCCUUACAUGCGCCGUACUUCCCGCUGCUUACAGAGCAAGGCCAUCGUCAAGCAGGUUUCUUCAUCAAAAUGAAGAGAGACUACCUAGGCGACAUGGGCGGAGAGCGGGACUUGGGCGACUUCGCGAUCGUUGGCGCAAGUUUUGAUGCAAAGGUCGCGCCGAAGAGCAGUCUCAAGCCCUUGCACUGGACGCACUUCCAUCUAGGGUGCUGCACGAACCGGACCGCUGUCCAACGGAGCGGGGCAAAGCCAUCCUUCAAGAUCGUUGCAACGCUGAGUGUCGACAAAUGCAUCCCCAAGCCCGAUGUCAAAUACCUCAACAUUCAAGGUUACGUACGUCAGGCAGAUCUGCGCAAAAAUGGGGUGACAGACGCGUUUGAUGUUGAGCAGUCCAAAAGCUUCGAUCGACGUAUGACUGUGGCUUUCAAGAAACCAUUCGUCGCAGAGAUACUCGGAGGUGGCUUUGAGAAACUUCAGAAUGAGACUUUUGAGAUGCUGCGGCAUCCUCGCGUGAAGAAGCUCCACCACGACCGCACAUGGGAAGACUGUGCGACGAUCGAGGACUUGGAACGCAUGGCAGAGGAGAAGUGGGAAGUGCCCGAUGCCGACAAGCUCGAUGGGCAUGCUAAAGACGUUGCAGUCUUGAUCAAGAAGUAUCUCUCAUCGACUCAAUGUUCUGCCGAUGGCAGCACACAAGGCAAAGGUGUCCGCGCCUCCCGUGAGCUCCGCGUCCUCGUUCGUGAAGAUACUUCUGAGCGACUAUCUACCCUAGCAUUACCCACCCCCGCAGCCACUGCUGUCUCACCGACACCGAUGUCCACAGCAGAAGCGACACCAAAGAAACGCAGCUUUGUCGAACUCAUCAGUCCGCCCAACGCGAAGCGACACAAGAUACUCAGCCCGUUGCAGCCUUCUGGUGGUAACCGUAGCUUGGGCGCCUUCAAUUACGACUCGCAAGAGGGGAUUAUUCAUAUCUACGCAAAGGAGGGGCUGAAGGUCGAAGUACAUGCUGGACUCGCGAAGGAGAAGUGUUCCUAG